GGACUGCACCUCAGUGGACUGGUUGGCAGCCUGGAUAGCCUUGUUUGCUCUCUCUCUCUCUCACUCUCUCUCUCUCCGUAUAGUGCUAUCAAAGUACAAUGUGUGUAUGACAGUUUAUAGUCGCAGAGCGCAGCACACACACACACACACACAGUGGAACAGUAACAGUGAAGGAUCUUCCAGUUAGAAGAUGCAGAGUUUUGGGACAUGGACAGUGGCAGUAGCAGCAGCACUGGUGAUCAGUCUGAUGGGAGUUCACACUAAACACCUGGUAGCUGAAAACACCCAUCUCCUGACCUCUGAAGAGCACAAGAUGGUCCUCAACCAGGGAAUGAAAGAGUAUCCCAGGGACUGUUAUGAGAUGUUGAUGGGUUCAGGGGGUCAGGCCAGAGAUGGAGUGUACUUGAUUCAGCCAGGUGACUACCCCAUCCUGGCCUACUGUGCCAUGCAAGAGGGUGGUUGGACUGUAGUGCAGCACAUCACAGUUAACAGCAGCGUGGACUUCGACCGCACCUGGGUCGAAUACAAGCAGGGUUUUGGGGUCCUGAAUGGUGACCACUGGCUGGGGAACGAACACCUCCACCACCUCACCCGAGGGCCUGGACGCUACAAACUGGGGGUCAAACUGGUGGACAAAGAUGCCAUCGCCAAGAUGGGCGAGUAUGACCCUUUCAUGGUGGAGGACGAGCGGUCCGGGUUCAGGCUGCGUCUGGGUCUGUUCCAGGGCUCUGCCUUAGACGCUCUCACCCAGGACACAGAGAAUUACCUGCAUGACAACCAGAGGUUUACCACCAAGGACCGAGACAACGACAACUACUUCCAAAACUGUGCUAAGCUGGAGUUCCAGGGUGUGGCGGGAGGGGGCUGGUGGUACGAUGCCUGUGCUGGGGCCAACCUCAACCGCAGGAACGUGAUCUACUGGCAGAAGGACUGCAACAAGGAGCACCUGUGUAAAUACGCCUGGAUGAUGGUAAAGCCCUCAGACACAGUAAAGGUGGUCCACACUGGGGACUGUAAGAAGGAUGAAUUGUGAGUCAGUUGUCUGGAGAUUAGGUUGAUCCAUACCAUCUGUGGUUAUACUAAUGCAGUGGUUUUCAAAACAUUGUUUACGUAAUA